AUGGCGGGCGCGGGGCGGCUUCAGGACCUGGACCUCAGCGCCGAGGAGGCCGAGCGGCUCCAGCGCGCUUUCCGCGACGAGCGGUUCCGCGCGCUGUUCGCAGACACGGGGGACACCCCUCCGCCGGCCCCCGAGGAGACGGCCAAGUGCCCUCCUUUCCGUGCCCGGCAGGACGAGGCGUCCCUCACCCUGCUGCUGCUGGUGCCCGGCAUCCAGCCCCAGAGCCUCCACGGCGAUGUGGGCACGCACCAUUACAGCCUCCGCUUCUGCAGCGACACCGCUGCCUUCGCCCUCUUCCUGCGCUUCCCUCCCGCAGCCGCGCUGCUGAGCGCCGAGAGCAGCGUCAGCCUCUCUGCCCACAACGCCGUGGUGCGGCUCGCCAAGGCCCCCGGCAGCACCGGCCUCUGGGAUAAGUUCAGCUUCGGCCUCGACCCCUCCGCUCUGCAGGAAAGAUUGUUUGUCAGUGAGGAGAACGUUGAUGGAUUUCUAGGCACUGCUUUCUGCCCUUCCCCUUGCUCCCAAUCAGCACUGGAAAGGCAGCCAUUAAUUGAAGUGCUGGAUGUUACUGAGGACAGAAUUCAAAUCAGGGUGGAGCCACAGGAACGUGAUGGAGAAGGAACACUUGGCAGCUCUGGGGGAGCCCUUGCUGGAAGGACCGACAGCAACUACCCCGAAACAAAGGCAGAAACAGAGUGUCCUGCAGCCGAGGGAGGUGCUGCAGGGUCCAGCCCCGCUCCCACAGCUGGAACAAUAGGAAAAGCAGGCUGUGCUUCACACCAUUGUUUGCAGCAUGAACCUCCUGCCACCAGUUCAGCGAUUCCUGGCGGAUCUGGGAGAAAGGAGCCUGAUUUAGAAAGUGCUGCUGCAGCAGGACACACAGCCCCGGCCCCAGGCUCUGGAAAACAAGGAGAAGUGCCAGGGGAUGAGGAUGAGGAGGCAGCCCCAGGGCUGGGCAGCAGGGCAGGAUCCCCCGUGCUGCGGGAGGUGAACCCCGAGGACGGAAGCGUGCGGAUAAUCCGCGAUCACCGCACGCGCUGCCCCGUCCCCUUCCACAACACUUUGCUCUACGAGCUGGAUUAGUUUCAUCGAUUUAAGGAUUUCCUUCUGUUGUUUGAUACUUGCUCUGACUUCCAUGUGAUGAUUCCAGGGCCCAUGGGCUCCCACUGAAACCGGUGCAACACCAAAACCUUCCUUAACUUAAAAUUGUUAAUAAUUUUCUAAUCACAUCUUUGGCAAUAAUUUUACUUACAAGAAAAGUUUGCAGUUGGAGGUGACUCUGAGCUCCUGGAAAAAUUGUAUCUUUAUUGUUUACAUAAAUUUUUUUAUUCUCUUCCCUCGUUUCAGGGAUUAUUUGUAUAUAUCCUCGGUCUAAUGGCUCCCUCGGGAAUUGAGCAGUAGUCAUCAUUUUCCAAACCUUUCAUUUUGUGAUAACUGCAGGAUUAGACUCACAGUGAUUCUUAGCAAUCAAAUGAAAUUUCUAAUUACCCGGAGAAGUUCUAAUUAGUCUCCUAGAAAUAAUCAACAUUUAUACCCUGUAUUCCAUCCUAGUGCUGUGCUUCAGAUCUGCAGCACCCAGAUAUCCCCCAGCUGAACAAAUUCCAUUGCACAAGAACAUCCUCUGAACACGUCUGCUCUGAAGUAUUUACAAUUGGUGAAAUAGAUUCUCUUUAUCCAGAUUAGAUUUAUUUUUCUCAGUUUCCCUCGAAUUUCAGCAUUUCUCACCCCCCUAAAGCACAAUAACCGAGAGAACACAUCUAAUAAUAAACUUCCUGUUCCCCUUUCCUCA